AUGCAUUCAACACUAGUCCGAGCCCAGAAUGUCUUCGGCUUCUUGACCACAGUGGCAUUCUUUGUGGCAGGUCUGGUUGCCCUGUCUUCGCUGCUGUAUCCCGCGGAUGUGAACGUGGAUGUUAUAGGGACGAACAACGUUAAGAUUGCUAAAGGAAGGGCGCACCAAUACUACACAUCGAAAGUGCAGGAGUAUGCGGUUUUGUAUUUCGAUUUGGAGGCUGACCUCUCCUCCCUCUUCAACUGGAAUACAAAGCAGGUAUUCGCAUACGUGUCUGCGACGUAUCCGGGGUCUAAAUAUACUGAUAACGAAAUCGUGAUCUGGGACACUAUCCUUCCAUCCCGCUCUGCUUCGAAGCUGAUCUUGAAGAACGAGCGCGCAAAGUACAGCAUCAAUGAUAUUACUGGGAAGUUCGCCGGCCGCGACAAUGUUACCCUGUCGUUUCAUUGGAAUGUUCAGCCGCAUGUGGGCAGACUGACGUGGGGGGCUGUGGGGCUCACGAAGGGGGUUAAGUUUCCGGGGGUGGAGAGGCCGGGGGGGAAGAAAGAGGCUGCGAAAUAAGGGAUUGGUGAGAGGGAAAAAGGGGAAAGGGGGGGGGUUGCUUUGUAUGAUAGGGUGGAGAGGGGGGGGGGUGAUUAUGCUACUGUACUUUAUGAUAGAGGGCUAUGACACGAUGUUGCUCUAGGCGUGGUUCUGGCCGGUUUGCAAACGAAUUUCACAGAAUGGUGAAGCUUGA